AUGGAGGUAGCUCACCUUCUUCUCCAACUCUCGGCCGGAGGCAAUGGAGUUAGCAGGAACAGCAGGAUGGUCAUUCCGGUCAUUCUCCUGUUUCUUCAGCUUCUUCUCUUCACAGCGCUAGGCGUGAAUGGAGCGGCAUCGUUCAGCUUCACCAACGCGUGCCAGCACCCAGUGUGGGUGGGCGCGCUCCACGGCGCCAGCUCGCCGCCGCUGGCAAGCUCGGGCUUCUACCUGGCGCCGUCCGCCACGUCCCGCCUGGACGCGCCGUCGUCGGGGGCAUGGUCGGGCACGUUCUGGGCGCGCACGGGCUGCGGCGUCGACUCCACCACCGGCCGCUUCUCCUGCGCCACGGCGGACUGCGGCACGGACGACGUCGCGUGCCAGGGCCGCGGGCCGGCGCCGCCGGUCUCGCUCGUCGAGGUCACGCUCGCCGCGCCGGGCAGCGGUGGGGCGGACUUCUACGACGUCAGCCUCGUCGACGGCUUCAACGUGCCGGUGCGCGUGGCGCCCUCGGGCGGCGGCGGCAGUGGGGACUGCCGCCCCGCGGCGUGCGCGGGAGACGUCAACGCCAUGUGCCCCGCGGACCUCCGCGUCGUCGCCUCGUCCGGCGGCGGCAGCGUCGUGGCGUGCAAGAGCGCGUGCGGCGCCUACGGCAGCGCGCGCUACUGCUGCACCGGACAGUACGGCACGCCGGCGACGUGCGGGCCCACCAACUACUCCCAGGUGUUCAAGAGCGUCUGCCCGUCGGCGUACAGCUACGCCUACGACGACGCCAGCAGCACCUUCACCUGUUCCGGCGCUUCCACCUAUGACAUCACCUUCUGCCCUGGGAGCUGA